UUUUUUGGUCCAGUGGGAUUUAUGAAAAAUUCCAUCUCUGUGUCUGAAGAUGAAGAAUGGAAGAGAAUACGAACAUUGCUGUCUCCAACCUUCACCAGCGGAAAGAUCAAAGAGAUGCUCCCCAUCAUUGGCCAGUAUGGAGAUAUGUUGGUGAGGAACCUGAGGAAGGAGGCAGAGAAAGGCAAACCUGUCAACUUGAAACACAUCUUUGGGGCCUACAGCAUGGAUGUGAUUACUAGCACAUCAUUUGGAGUGAACAUUGAUUCCCUCAACAACCCACAAGAUCCCUUUGUGGAAAAUGCCAAGAAUCUCUUCAGAUUUGAAUUCUUUGAUCCAUUUUUGUUCUUAAUAUGUAUGUACACUAUUGUUUUUUCUUUUCUCUUCCCUUCCUUUUUUUCCUUCCUUCCUCCCUCCUUUCCUUCACUUUUUCCUUUCUUUCUACAACAGCUUUAUUAAGAUACAAUUCAUUUACUAUAUAUACUACCCUUUUAGAACAU